AUAUCAGUGGACCGUACUUCUUUAAAGAUAGCUGUUGUGACCGGGGCUAGCAAAGGCAUUGGUGCUGCCAUAGUUCACUGUCUUCUUAAGAAUGGCAUUCGAGUUGUUGGCCUCUCAAGAAGUGUUGAAAAUAUGGAGGAGUUUCGUAAUGGGUUACCCCUUGAAUUACAACCCCUGUUAAGUGCCCUUAAAUGCAAUGUAGGUGAUGUAGAAUGUGUCAAUAAGACAUUCGAUGAAAUAGAACGUAAGCAUGGUGGUAUCGAUAUUCUUGUAAAUUCUGCCGGAACUAUGAAUCCUAAUUUAUUGCUCACCGGCGAUGUGGCUGGCAUGCAAGAAGUUCUUCAGACAAAUGUAUUGGGCGUGAUACAUUGUACCCAAAAAGCUUUCUCAUCGAUGAGGCAGCGAAAAUUCGAUGGUCAUGUCUUCAUUUUGAACAGCAUCUUGGGCCACCCUAUACCAAUUUUUCCCAAGGACAUUUCAUCAAUGUUGGGCAUGUACAUAGCCUCCAAAUGGGCCAUAAAGGCAUUAACGGAAUAUUAUCGGCAAGAAUUUCGGCAUUUUGAUACAAAGAUCAAAGUUACGCUAUGCGAUAACAUAUUCAGAUGGUAUUUUUUGAAUGCCAAUGACAUAGCAGAAAGUUUUCUAUAUGCCUUAGCUACUCCACCCCAUGUGCAGAUACAUGAAGUUACAGUUAAACCUGUGGCGGAGUUCAUAGUUUAA